AUGCAGGAUCCCGUAGUGGAAUAUAUCAACAGGCAUCCAAAUGCUGGAUGGAAGGCUGACAUGAAUUCUCGCUUUUCCAAUUACACUGUGGGACAAUUUAAGCAUCUCCUUGGAGUACUUCCCACUCCCAAGAAUGUAAUAGAAGAUGUACCUGUGAGAGCUUAUCCAAAGGGCCUCAAGUUACCAAAGCAAUUUGAUGCCCGGAAGGCUUGGCCGCAGUGCAGCUCUGUACAAGACAUUUUAGAUCAGGGACACUGUGGUUCUUGCUGGGCAUUUGGGGCAGCAGAGGCACUGUCUGAUCGCUUCUGUAUUCACUACAAUGUGAACGUUACCCUUUCAGAAAAUGAUCUAGUGGCAUGCUGUGGGUUCCAGUGUGGUGACGGUUGUGAAGGUGGCUAUCCAUUAGCUGCAUGGCAAUACUUUAUCAGUAGUGGAGUUGUAACUGCUGAGUGUGAUCCCUACUUUGAUGACGCUGGUUGCCAACACCCGGGCUGUGAACCUUUAUAUCCGACCCCACAAUGUCAGAAGCAAUGCAAAGAUCUAAACCAAAACUGGGUUGACUCCAAACGCUAUAGUGCAACUGCAUACAGAAUCGCUUCCAAGCCUUAUGAUAUCAUGACUGAGGUUUUUACAAAUGGACCAGUCGAGGUUUCCUUCUCUGUUUUUGAGGAUUUUGCUCAUUACAAAUCUGGAGUUUACAAGUACAUCAAGGGUGAUUACAUGGGAGGACAUGCUGUAAAGCUGAUAGGUUGGGGAACCUCUGAUGAUGGAGUUGAUUACUGGCUUGUUGCAAAUUCAUGGAAUAGGUCCUGGGGUGAGGAUGGUUUAUUCAAAAUUGCAAGAGGCACUAAUGAAUGUGGCAUUGAAGAAGAUGUAGUGGCAGGGAUGCCUUCAACUAAGAACUUAGUGGUGGAUUCUGCCGUUGCUGCCGAGCAACGAGCAUCGUGGUAAUCAUGCAUGUUAUGCUGUCGGUGGCUAGCUGCAACACAAAUUGGCUUGUGUUGAUGUUCUGUCUAUUACUGACAAUAAGUUACCGAAAAGUUUUACAUGAAGAAAUUAAGUGCUUAGAAGUUUUUGCUCUAAAUGAAAAUCUGAUGAGCAAAUAUUAAUCUAUGUACUGAACUUAAUUGUAAAUAUACAUUUGUUGUAUUUUGUAUUGGA